AUUUGUAAUGUGGGCACAAACAAAAUGGAAUCUCUUAAGUUGUACUUAAUAUUUGAUCCAGUGAAGAGAAAGGGGGUCUUGCUCUUAUCUGUAGUUUUCGCCCUUUCUAAUAAAUAGGCACUUCCCAAAUUUGAAGGAGCACAAACCUUUCUUUUUCUUCUGAAUUCUAGACUUGUAAUCACUAGUUUAAGGUCUUGAAGAGUUUUGCGGAGACACUGUUGGAUUUCUGAGUCCUCUGAGCAAAAUUGUUAUCAGACUAUCAGCUAACAGUGAGCUGAGAGAUGGGCGACCCAAUCAUAAGUGCUGUAACUCAGCUCAUUGUGAACGACUUGGCAAAACAAGUGAAUAUGCAUGCUCAAUAUGCUAUGCAAUUUGAAAGUCAGUUUGAAGAGAUGAAGAAAGAGCUGAAUCUCAUGCGUUGUUAUCUCGCUGAAGCAAACAGGCUGAAAGGAAACAAUAAGUCUAUCAAAUCAACCUUAUCUGAUCUUCAAGAACUAACUUAUGAAGCAGAUAACGUGAUCACGGAUUGCCAAAUUCGCGAAGAUUAUCUAAAGAUAAAAGGGAAUUCUUCUUGCUUGUUUCCAUCUCCAAGGGAGAUUUCUUUCAGAUACAACACUGGAAAGAAACUGACAGAACUCAACAAGGAGAUAGUGAAAAUGCAUCAGAGGCUGAGGACUUUUGUUGGUCCAAUAACUGAACAAUCUAGAAGCGAGGAUAGCAGCAGCAGACGGACACGAUGGACUUCACACAUUUUUGACCAAUCUGAAAUUGUGGGAUUAUCAGAAGAUACAAGAAAAAUCAAAGAAUGGAUCCUCUCUCACAGCGAGUCGUUACAUCAUGUUGGCAUUGUUGGUAUGGGCGGUUUGGGUAAAACCACAAUCGCGCAAAAGGUUUACCACGACAGACAAGUGAAUGUGAGAUUUCAAAAGAAAGUUUGGGUUUCUGUAUCUCAAACUUAUGAUGAGCUGGCAAUCAUGAAGGGAAUUUUGAGACAGCUAAAUGUAGAUGAUAGUGGAACUGACAAAGGAGAGAUGCUUAACAGAAUUCUUGAAGCACUUUCACAUAAGUCAUACUUGAUUGUCAUGGAUGAUGUAUGGAGCAUUGAUGAUGGAUGGUGGGAUAGGAUCUCAAGGGGAUUACCCAAGUUUAUCGAGCACAAUAGUUGUAUUAUAAUCACAUCAAGAAAUGAGGAUGUUGUUAAGAGAAUGGGAGCCAUAGAAACAAGAAUUCAUCGACCAAGAUUGCUUGAUGAUGAAGAGAGUUGGUCAUUGUUCUGCAAGUUUGCAUUUUUGUCAACUAAAGGGAAGUGUAAUGCUCAAUUGGAAGAUGUUGGGAGAGAGAUCGUGCGCAAAUGUCAUGGUCUUCCUCUAGCCAUCAAGACCACAGGUGGGAUGUUAUCAUCAAAACCACAAUCACUCGGGGAGUGGACGCGGAUAUGUGAAAACUUUCGAGAGAAAUUGGUAUUGGAUAGUGAAAGCAAUAUAUCCGUAAUGGCAUCUUUGCAACUAAGUUAUGAUGAGCUUCCAGCUCAUCUAAAGCAGUGCAUAUUGUGCUUCUCAAUCUAUCCAGAUGACCAUGAAAUUGAGGCGGAACAAUUGGUUCGUUGGUGGGUAGGGGAAGGAUUAGUCCGUAGCAAUGGCACAGAAACUGCAACAGAUGUAGCUUUUAGUUACUUGUCUGAACUGGUGAGUAGGUGCUUGGUUGAAGCUACCCAAAGAAGAAACUUUGAUCGUAGAGUUUACAGUUGCAAAAUGCAUGACAUGGUUCGGGACAUGGUAAUCCUGGUUGCAGAAGAAGAGUCAUUUUGUAGCUUUAAAAGAGGCAGGCACAUAGCCACAGUUAACUCUAGGCACUUGGGGGUCACCAGAGAAACAACUUUUCAAUCCUUGGCUGGGAAUUCAAAGCUUACAGCACUUCUUCUCACUACGACAAAUAUCAUCGGCUUCAACAGGAAAAUCGCUCUGGCUGAAAUCAAGACUCUCAGGGUCUUGGACCUGUCAUGUGUCAAGCUAGAAAACAUCUGUUUAGUCGAUCUAUGGAGCUGGAUCACAUCACUAAAGCGACUAGCUUAUUUAAAUCUUCGAGGUGUUGAUAAGUUGGACGAAAUUCCAGAUUCUGUUAGGAAGUUAUGGGGUCUCCAAAUACUGGUUCUUAGAGAAUGCCAGGAACUGAAAAAGCUACCAACAUCAAUCACGACACUUCCAAGAUUGGCAAUUCUUGAUGUUGGAAGUUGUCCAUCUUUUUCAUGCUUACCACAAGGUCUCUCUAGGCUUUCUAAUAUUGAAGAGCUGUACGGGUUCAAGAUACCAAGCCCAGCAACAACAGAAGCUUGUCACCUGAGUGAGAUCGUGGCACUGUCUCAACUACGAGUACUGCAAUUAGACAUAACGGAGGAAAGCAUGAUAGAGGACAAGGAAUUGGCUGCAUUGGAACACCUUAAACUACUAAGGGUGCUAUCAAUCAAUGCUGGAGACUGUGAAAACAAGGACAUUAUAAGGAAGCUGGAUAACUUGUCACCACCAACGCGUGUUGAAGAAUUAUACCUAAGGCACUUCCUCGGAGAAACCACACCAGCAUGGAUAAACCCCAUUUCACUUCCUCAACUGCAGUACCUUUGUAUCGAAGAUUCAAGAGUGCUUAACCGCAUGAGUGAAAAUUUCUGGGGAGGUAAUGUAGGUAAGUGGAAUGUUGAAGGACUGUGCUUGAAAUUCUUGCCAAGGCUGGGGGAAACAUGGGAAACAUUCCAAAGUGAAAUGCCAGCACUCAAAUACUUAGAAGUCAGCCACUGCAAUUCGCUGACAAAGUUCCCAUGUAACGUUGAGGGUUUAGGAUAUUGGACAAAGCCAGAGGAAGAGGAGGAAGACAAUGAAGAACAGGAUGUGAUUUCGUCCCAUGAAGGAAACAAUGAAGGAGAAAUUGACAACACGCACUGAAAUUAUAGGAUUCCAAUCUUCAGUUUCAGUACACAAUAAUGCGCUCUUCCAUUUUUUUUUUCUCCUCGUGGAAAACUGGUACCACAUUAUGCUGUUACCACAGUGUUCACUUAUUUUCUAUUCUGUAUGCUUGUUUUGUGAGUUUUUAUUCAUAUACAAUUUUCAUGUAACGAACAGGUGAUAAUUUUGUAUGGUUUGCUGAUUUAUUGUUACUGUGAAUGGUGGAGCUUAUGUUUCCUUUUUCUUA